AUGGCUCCCCCUCCUCGCCGAAACCUCCUCCCAAAGGAGCGAUUCGCAUACGCCUUCGGAAACCUCAAGACACAAAACUACCAUGACCCCAUCGCGCGGACUCCCGGGUCUCACACGAUCCGAACGAUAGCAUGGAACCCUACCGGCCAGCUCGUCGCGACCGGCUCUGCAGACCGCACCCUUCGAAUAUGGAACCCCGAGCGCCCGCAAGUCCGCUACUCCACGGACCUGCGCGGUCACACCGCCGGCGUCGAGAAGGUCGUCUUCAACCCCGUCCGCGAUGCGGAGCUCGCCAGCUGCUCGACUGACGGCACAGUCCGUCUGUGGGACGUCCGCUCGAAGACGUGCGUCAGCCGCUUGGACGUGGGCGGCGAAGCCUUCACCCUGUCCUGGUCGGCAGACGGGAGCGUGAUGAUGGUGGGGAGGAAGGACGACACCCUCAUCCCGAUCUCGGUGCAAUCGCCCUCCACGCCGACAAUCCUAGCAGACGGUCCGCCCGCAAAACCCGCCAACAGCCCCUCCACUUACACGGUGCUCGACUCGCAUCCGCAGCCGGUCCAGACGAACGCGACGGCCUUCUCGCACCACAUCCCCACGCCGACUGCGCCGGACCUGCGCCUCUUCGCCACCACCGGCGAAGGCACCGUCAAGAUCCUCUCCUACCCGUCCUUCGACGUGCUGCACACCCUCCACGCCCACACCUCCGCCUGCCUCUCCAUCGCGCUCGCCCCGACAGGCCGCUACCUCGCCGUCGGCGGCAGCGACGCCCUGAUCUCGCUGUGGGACACGACGGACUGGAUCUGCCGGCGCACCGUGUCGAGCAACAACGGCGGCGCCGUGCGCGGCGUGAGCUGGAGCUUCGACGGCCGCUUUAUCUGCGGUGCCUGCGACGAGGUCGGCUGCGGCGGCAACGGCAUCGAGAUCUUCCAUGCCGAGUCUGGCGAGAGUGUCUACACCGUGUCUACGGGUGGAGGGUCGAACGCCGGUAUCCCCGCUGUCGCGUGGCAUCCCUCGCGCUACUGGCUGGCGUACUCGACCACGGCGGAUGGGCCGGGGAGUGGUGGCGCCGGGGGGCUGAAGAUUGUUGGUGCCGCCGGUGGGGGGCUGUAG